GAUUGUUCCAGUUUAGAAGAAUAUAACAUUGCUGCAGCAUUACUCCCUCUGACUAGUGCUUUCUAUAGGAAACUGGCCCCUGGAGUCAGCCAGUUUGCUUACACCUGUGUACAGGACCACCCCAUUUGGACGAAUCAGCAGUUUUGGGAGACAACCUUUUAUAAUGCAGUGCAGGAACAGGUUCGCUCCCUGUAUCUCUCGGCCAAGGAGGACAAUCAUGCCCUGCCUCUGAAGCAAAAGGAUAAACUUCCUGAUGACCAAUAUCAGGAGAAGACAGCAAUGGACCUGGCAGCUGAGCAGCUACGCCUUUGGCCUACUCUGAGCAAAUCAACUCAGCAGGAGCUGGUGCAGCGUGAGGAAAGCACUGUCUUUAGUCAAGCCAUUCACUUUGCAAACCUCAUGGUCAAUCUGCUGGUUCCGCUGGAUUCAAGUAAAAACAAGCUCCUAAGAGCGUCAGCCCCAGGAGACUGGGAGAGUGGGAGCAACAGCAUUGUCACUAACAGUAUUGCAGGAAGUGUAGCUGAGAGCUAUGAUACAGAAAGUGGGUUUGAAGAUUCAGAGAAUAAUGACAUUGCCAAUUCUGUUGUGCGUUUCAUUACUCGAUUUAUUGACAAAGUUUGUACGGAGAGUGGAGUUACUCAGGAUCAUAUCAAGAGCCUGCAUUGCAUGAUACCAGGAAUUGUAGCUAUGCACAUUGAAACCCUAGAAGCAGUGCAUCGAGAGAGUAGAAGACUUCCACCUAUUCAGAAGCCCAAGAUUCUUAGACCUGCUCUACUGCCAGGAGAAGAAAUUGUUUGUGAAGGCCUUCGAGUCCUACUGGAUCCUGAUGGGAGAGAAGAAGCCGCUGGAGGCCUUCUUGGAGGCCCUCAGCUCCUGCCAGCAGAAGGAGCGUUGUUCCUUACCACAUACAGAAUUCUGUUCAGAGGGACUCCCCAUGAUCAACUAGUUGGUGAGCAGACAGUUGUACGAAGUUUCCCCAUUGCCUCCAUCACCAAGGAGAAGAAGAUCACAAUGCAGAAUCAACUACAACAGAACAUGCAAGAAGGACUGCAGAUCACAUCGGCAUCUUUCCAGUUGAUUAAAGUAGCAUUUGAUGAAGAAGUGAGUCCAGAAGUAGUAGAGAUCUUUAAGAAACAGCUGAUGAAGUUUCGUUAUCCUCAGUCCAUUUUUACCACCUUUGCUUUUGCUGCUGGACAAACUACCCCGCAAAUCAUUUUACCCAAGCAGAAGGAAAAGAACACUUCCUUUCGCACUUUCUCAAAAACAAUUGUGAAAGGUGCUAAAAGGGCAGGCAAAAUGACAAUUGGGCGGCAGUAUUUAUUGAAGAGGAGGACAGGGACAAUUGUGGAAGAGAGAGUGAACCGUCCUGGAUGGAAUGAAGAAGAUGACAUAUCUGUUUCAGAUGAUAGUGAACUCCCCACGAGUACCACUCUGAAGGCCUCGGAGAAAUCUACAAUGGAACAGCUAGUAGAAAAAGCUUGUUUCAGAGACUAUCAGCGUUUAGGUUUGGGAACCAUAAGUGGCAGCUCUUCUCGCUCUAAACCAGAGUACUUUCGAAUUACUGCCUCUAACAGGAUGUAUUCACUCUGCCGGAGCUAUCCUGGCCUUUUAGUUGUACCUCAAGCUGUACAGGACAAUAGUUUACCAAGAGUAGCCCGCUGCUAUCGACAUAAUCGCCUGCCUGUUGUAUGUUGGAGAAACUCAAGAAGCAGUACCCUGCUCCUCCGAUCUGGAGGAUUCCAUGGGAAGGGAGUGGUUGGCCUUUUCAAGUCUCAGAACUCCCCUCAGGCAGCUCCUACCUCCUCUUUAGAAUCUUCCAGUAGCAUAGAACAAGAGAAGUACUUGCAAGCAUUACUGAGUGCAGUUUCUGUCCAUCAGAAACUCAGUGGCAAUAACCCUCUUACUGUCAGGCCAACACUUGCUCUGUCUCCAGGGACUGAAAGGAGGACUUCAAGAAUGUCCACUGUGCUUAAGCAGGUAGUGCCAGGACAUUUGGAUGUAAACCCAUCCAAUAGCUUUGCUCGAGGAGGUGUUUGGGCAAGUCUUCGCUCUAGCACUCGCCUGAUCAGCUCUCCAACAUCCUUCAUUGAUGUUGGCGCCCGGCUGGCAGGCAAGGAUCACUCCACCUCCUUCAGUAACAGCACUUACCUGCAAAACCAGCUCUUGAAACGUCAAGCAGCCCUUUAUAUAUUUGGUGAGAAGUCACAGCUAAGGAACUUCAAGUUAGAAUUUGCUUUAAAUUGUGAGUUUGUGCCUGUUGAAUAUCAUGACAUCCGACAAGUGAAAGCCAGUUUCAAAAAGCUGAUGAGGGCUUGUGUUCCAAGUGCCAUCCCUACUGACUCAGAAGUGACCUUCCUAAGAGCCCUGGGAGACUCUGAGUGGUUCCCACAGCUUCAUAGGAUAUUGCAGCUGGCUGUGGUUGUUUCAGAAGUACUUGAGAAUGGUUCCUCAGUUUUGGUGUGUUUGGAAGAAGGCUGGGACAUCACUGCACAAGUGACCUCCCUGGUUCAGUUACUCAGUGAUCCCUUUUAUAGGACACUUGAAGGCUUCCGGAUGCUGGUCGAAAAGGAGUGGCUCUCUUUUGGUCAUAAAUUCAGUCAGCGGAGCAGCUUGACCCUCAGCUGUCAGGGCAGUGGUUUCACUCCAAUCUUCCUACAGUUCUUAGACUGUGUACACCAGGUAAGUAGAGCAAGUUUAAAUCGAGUAGAUACGAAAGCAAGAACAGAACUAGCAUUUAUUGAGUAUUGCCUUGCUGUGCCAGGUAUCUUUAUGUCACAACUCUGAUGGACUCAGCCAUAGACUUGAUGAAAUCUCAGUGGUAGAUUUCUGGAAAUGGAAAAGCAAAAGAAGUAGUUGGUUUCUUCUUUUUUAGUUUUU